GUACCGUGCUGCGGUUGGUGAUGACGUUUGAAUAGAAAAAAAAGAAAAAAAAAUAUAUAUAUAUAGAACGGAAUAUGAUGACGUUGCAACGAAGGGCGGAGUCAGUAGCAAACAUUUCAGCCAUAGCAACUGGGCUAGCUGAUAAGGCCUUAAAGGAUAUUAACAUCCACAUCACUUAAUUAAACCCCCGCCGUCAGCGCCGUUAUAUGCCCCACUUCUCAGCGUCGCUCGUACUGCCCUCCAUGUGGGUGAGGGACCUGUGUGUGUCGGAUUAUGGCGAGAAAAACAGUUAGCAGGAAAAGGAAGGCAGGGGAGCUCAAGGAACAACAGCUUGAUUGGUGCCAGUCUGUGUAUAAGCGUGCCCGUGUGUCCUCUUCAUCACGUCAUGCCCAGCAGUGGUGGCAGGGCCGUCAGUCAAUGGUGUCCGCCAUCCGCGGACGGGAAUUUCGUCCACAGAAGCAGCACGAGUGGAGGUUCCAGCGCAGCUUGCGUGGCUUCGCUGCAGGGCGCAUCCCAGGAAUCCUCCGAGAGCGCGAGUUCUCCCUGGGCUGCCUCAACAAGGUGUUUGCCUCUCAGUGGCUCAGUCAGCGUCAGGUGGUGUGCGGGACCAAGUGCAACACGCUGUUUGUGGUAGACGUGCUCACAGGCCAGAUUACCCGGAUCCCGAUGCUAAAGGACAGAGAGGGACAGGGCUCCCUAGGCAUGGGUGUGAUAGGCAACCCGGGCUUUCAAAACCCAGGAUUAGCUAGUGGACUGGAUGCCCAGCAGGGCUGUGGCAUCCACGCCAUCGAGCUCAACCCUUCACGUACCCUACUGGCUACCGGAGGAGAUAACCCGAACAGCCUGGCUGUCUAUCGACUGCCCACACUGGACCCCGUCUGCGUCGGCGACGAUGGUCACAAUGACUGGAUCUUUUCCAUUGCCUGGAUCAGUGACACAAUGGCUGUAUCAGGUUCUCGGGAUGGCUCCAUGGGUCUGUGGGAGGUCUCUGAAGAGGUGCUAAGUCUGGCAGAGAAACAGCAGGUUGAGGAAGGGGUCCCCAGCUAUGCCCACAUCUCCCACCGUGCCCUUAAAGACAUCCCUAAGGAGUACACCCAUCCGUACAACUGUAAAGUGCGAGCCCUAGCCUUCAAUAACAGCCAUAAGGAGCUGGGUGCUGUUUCUCUAGACGGAUAUUUUCAUUUAUGGAAGGCCGAGGACAACCUGUGUAAGGAGCUCUCGACGAAGCUUCCGUACUGCAAAGAGAACGUGUGCCUGGCGUACGGUCUGGACUGGUCCGUAUACGCGGUCGGCUCCCAGGCGCACGUGUCCUUCCUCGAUCCUCGGCAGUCUUCCCAAAACAUCAAGUCUGUGAGCUCCAGAGAACGUGGCAGUGGAAUUCGCUCCGUCAGCUUCUACGAGCACAUAGUGACCGUAGGCACAGGCCAAGGCUCCCUGCUCUUCUACGACAUCAGGGCUCAGCGGUUCCUCGAUGGUCCAUCCAAUUCACCCGGCGGGUACCGGAAGACCCCAGCAGACGGCAUCCUCAAGCUAACCACGGGGAGAGGCUGGCUGAACCAUGACGAAACAUGGAGAAGCUAUUUCUCCGAUAUCAGCUCCUUUCCCAACGCCGUCUACACACAUUGCUACGACGACUCUGGAACCAAGCUGUUUGUGGCCGGUGGACCUCUCUGCUCGGGGCUGCAUGGAAAUUACGCCGGGCUCUGGAGCUAGCUUUCUCAGCUCUGUCGCUGUUAAGCUUCACUAUACAUACCGAUCAUCACCGCAGCUCUCUGUCUGUCUGUCUUCAUUCAUCUGUCUGUUUCUUCUUUCAUUGGACUCAGGAGCGUCAACGUGCUUCUCAUCACUUUUUUUAUUUUUUAUUUUAAAUGUUUGUGUAUUAGUAAAAUUUGUCUGCCUCUUCUGUUUCUCAUUCAUGUGCUGUCUUUCUUGGCUCCUCAUUUCUUUUAAGUGUGUGAUGAAGCAGAGUUUCGAGCAGCAGCGAGGCCUGUGCCUCAGACCUAGUCCUCGGUCGGAGACUCGCCUCAGGACUCUGACAAAGCGUAAAGAUACAAAACUAUUUAACAGCCUUUCCAGGAUCUUGGCUGCUCGAUCAGUUUGUACCGUUUUUUUUGUUUUGCAGCGUUUCAUGUACCGCGUCUCGAAGAUUGGAGGUGCGGAGAAAGUCUGUUAUUUUGGUGUGGACUAUUUGAUGAGCCCGUAAUCUGCCAAGCUCUUGCUUGCAGUGGACUGAAGUACAUGGAAGAAGAGCAAAAAAAAAAGAAAAAAAAAAAGACUGUCUGGUAGCAGAACUUAACUUUUAGUUUUGUUGUGUCAUAUUAUGCCAUGAUGAUCACAGAGAGACUGAUGAUUGCAAACAGACAAAACCCAGAGAUGAUGUCUGAAUGAAACACGGACAACAUCAUCAACGGAUAUUUUUUUGUUUGUUUGUUUCCUCUGAUAGUGGGUGGAGUAUGAGAUAUUUUUUUUUUUUUUUUUUUUUUUAAUUUGGAUUGUCUUUUUGCUUUGUGAGUAAGACUAACCUAACGCACACGUCACAUCGGCAACACUGUUGUGUUUUUCUUUCAGCAGCUAUAAUUUAUUUCCUGCCCUCGUACGUCGCUAGCGCUCGUGCUGCUGAAAUACAGUCGUUUUCGUCAGCAGUGUUGCUUCUGAGCUCCAGUCAGGGGAAGACGAUUCAGCUCCUCUUCCUCUCUUUUUGAGCAGAGGCAGAGCAGUAGUCCGUUACAUCGUUGCCUUUCCUGAGUCUUUCUGUGAAAGACUUUUGCGAGUCGACUUUUCUUUUUAAACACGAAACCUUCAUGGAUCAUUGCUAAGGAAGAAAAAAAAAAACUAGAACAAAUAGAGCAGAUUGUGGUUAAGACCCUAUAUUAAAUGAAUAACCAUCACUUUUAAAAUGUAUUUUAUAUAUAAAUGUGUACACAUAUUUGAAAAUCUUAUAGAGAGAGAAUACAUUUUAUGUAAAUGUUUGAAAGUGUCGGUCUGUCUCUGUGUGUGUGUGUGUGUGUGUGUGUGUGUGUGUGUGUGUGUGUGUGUAUGUGUGUGGACUAACCGUCAUAAUUUUGGUGGUGCCCUCUUUUUUUAUACACACUACCUGAGUGUUUUUACAAUUGUCUGGGUUGGGGGGGGGUAUGUGAAACAAGGCAAAACGAUUCCAGGAACUGUUUAAAGAGAAAAUAAUGAAUAAAAGUCUAUUGAUGUAUUUUUCUUCCAUA